AUAAAAAUUUCUUUAGCCCUCAUGUUGUUAGUUACCUAAAUGUAUUUAUACCAAUUUCAUACAAAAUAAAAAUGAGUUGUCAAGGUUUGAUCUGAUUUUCGAUCUCAGAUCUAUCAAAAUUUUAGGGUGAUUUAAAAAUUAUCUUUUAAUCCCAAUUAGAACUAGAGUUAUGAAAAUUCAUUUUUCGAUGCUAAGCCUUUUAUUAAUUAGAUAAAAAAAUUAAUGAAUAAUAUAAAAGUACAUUUUUAAUUUUCUAUAUGCUUAUUCGAACAAUAUAGAGCUCGCAGAUUUAAAUAAAUAUUUUAAAACUUUGUAUAAAUAAUUUAAAAACCAUUCAUUUCAAAAAUUAUCGAAAUUCAUUCAUUAUAAACAAAAUUAGUUAUUUCUAAAAUAUUAUAUAAAAUUGUAUUUUUUAAAUCAAGAAACGCGGUCGCGUCUCGCGUCUAUGUCUCUCUCUUUGUCUCUUCUCUGAAUGAACAAGCGAGAGAACCGACCGCCGCCUCUUUUACGCGAAUCAGCGAGUUCAAGCAUACCGAGAUUAUCAGAUCUCAGUAACGGCUAAACCGAUCAUGUUCUAAGUAGUCUCAAUCGAUAGCUUGGGGUCGAAUUGUAUAAUAAAAGUGAUUUUAUUUUUUCUCUCCGUGCCCUACAAGCGGAGAUAUCGCAAUGCAAAUUCUAAGUUUUCGAUAUUUUGAUGUAAGAGACGUCAUUGUCAUUGUCGACCUCAAGAAUUCUCCCUUUCACAUUUUCGAUUAUUUUAGACUCCGUCUGCUGCAGUGUCUAGUGUAGCUCCUUCGUCUAGCGGUGCAUCGUCUGCUCAGACAGCAUCCUGCGCUUAUCUCGCAGCAAGAGAAACUAUAGACAAUACAGAUAAUAAAGACGAUGUAGAUGACCCUGAAAUCGAUGCAGCCUCUUCAUUAGUAUCAAGGAAAUACUCGACACCCGGGCAAGAGGCUGCGGCAAAGAAUAUCAUGGUCUUGGAAAAGCAGUUAAAUUCUCUGCUUUUAGCUCGCGACUCAUUUCACUCUAGCGACAUCGAGGAUGAAAUUAAAAAAAUUAAAAAAGCGCUAGAAGAAGCAAGACGAGAUUUGAAAAGAAAGAAGAGUAAUGCUGCCUAUCAAAAAAAGCACCGUGAUAAUAAGAAGGCGAAAAUAAGCGAAAUAUGCACGGAAUUUCCUGUGGUGAAAGAGAAAUUGCACCAGUGAGACAGGGUUGGCAGACCCCGAAUAGAAGAGAAUCAGCCACUCCUCCUGAAAACUAUCAUCGACAUUGCGAUGUUUGGCAGUGCUGUGGAUGACCGAAGGCGCUCCGAUAUAAUUCGUAGCAUCAAAACUCUUGAUGAACUUCAUGAGGAGUUGCUUAAACUAGGUUUUUCAUUCAGCAGGUAUAUAAUAUAAACUCUAUUCUUAAAUGACUUUCUUGAAUUUUAUCCAGACUGAAAUUAAUAUUUACAAAAAUCUUAAUCCUUUUAUAUUAGAUCCGCAACCUAUCUACGACUCUUGCCUAAAAACUCACGUACUCUAGAGGGACAGCGUCAUAUGAAAACGGUGCCCGUAAGACUUACUCGCGCACAAACAGACUUGCAUCGCAAGCACGUGGAUGGCCCUUUUGCCACGGCCUCCAUAAGAUAUCUCGAAUGCCUUGCUUCUCUUCUUGGUCCGUUGCAAGUGUGUUUUACUUCACAGGACGAUAAAGCCCGAGUGCCGAUAGGAUUAACAGCAGCAAACAAACAAGCUCCACUAUUAAUGCAUGUCGAGUACCGUGUAUCAUUACCCGACCAUGAUUGGGUGGUAGCAGCGAGACACAAACUUAUACCUUCUGUUUACGCUGGAAUAUGCAUUAGCCCUAAACAAAUGGGCUGUCCUAAAGCUGUGGGCUAUUCGGGGCCGACUUUUAUAGCCAUCAGAAGUGGCAAGCAUUCCUCGUCCACAGCAUCCACCCACGCACGGGAUCUGCACGCACUUCUAGAUCUGGAGGCGUUUCAUGCAUUAGCAAGAACAAAGGAGGGCAGUGUGAAGCCAGUUUUGAUUUUAACUGUAGAUGGCGGACCGGAUGAGAACCCGCGCUACAGCAAGGUGAUUGCCCAUGCUAUCAGCCAUUUAAAAAAAUAUAAUUUAGAUGCUAUAUUUGUCGCCACAAACGCACCAGGCAGAAGCGCCUUUAACCGAGUAGAAUGUCGCAUGGCUCCCUUGACCCAUGAACUUGCUGGUCUUAUUUUGGCCCAUGACAAAUUUGGGACACAUCUCAACGUACAGGGGAAGACGGUCGAUAAAGAACUGGAGCUCAAAAACUUUGAAUAUGCUGGUCGAGCUCUAGCAGAGGUAUGGAGCAGCCUAACAAUCGAUGGACAUCCAGUGCACGCACAGUAUGUUCCUCCAGGGGAAAAGCUUGAUACCCCCGAAGAAUGUGAUGCUAAAUGGUACAGCCGUCAUGUCCGAGAAAGCCAGUAUUUGCUUCAGAUUGUGAAGUGUAACUCACAUGAUUGUUGUUCCAUUACUCGGAGUGGGUUAAAAAGGGUGCUGUCGGAAGGAUUUCUUCCCCCUCCAAUUUGAGUGACGCAAACAACGCAUGAUUUACUCGUCACCGAGAAUGAAACAGAUGGGAGUUUCUUAGAUUUGAUGACUCGUAUCUCUCUCAAACUGAAUCCCUAUUCAAGAGGUUUUUUGCAGGUUCCAUAUGAUCUUUUUUGCCAAUCCAUAAAAUCGCAAUUGGAUGGGCGUAUUUGCAAACGUCAAAAAAAUCUUUAUUACAUCAUUCGAAGCAUGUGCAUUCCCAGAAAGAGGAUGCACAUGCUUCGAAUAAUGUAAUAAAGAUCAGAAUAGCUGCUCGACGCAGUGGAGAAGUCCUCUGCGUCAUCAAAGAUCCUAUAUCGGGGUGUGAAGAUACAGAGUGGAUGGAAGAAACAGAAGUAGAGGCAGAUAGUAACAGCGACUCGCACUUCAUUGAUCAGGAGGAUAUUGUGAUAAAUAAUAUGAGUAAUUAGUUGAGAGGACCAUUUGAAAAUGACGAUUGAGUGUUGAUAAUUACAAUUAAGUAAAAGAUUUUAUUAAUUUUGCCGAUAACAUAUUGUAUUCUUAUAAUUCUCACAACAUUUUAGGGGUAUGUAUUUUGCACACUGAUACUAUAUCCUCUUUACUUUCAGUUAUUGAAAGAAUCAUAUAUGUAGUUGCGUUGAAAACAAAAAAAAUACGCCAAAAUGAAUUGUUAUUAGUAAUAUCAGCAAAUUAGACAUUUUCAGAAUUUACAUCAAGCAUAUAGGAAAAUCUUACGUAAUUUGGGGGGGGGGGGUCUUAGAAAAUCUGACAUUUGCUUACAUUGGGGAGGGGGGACUCAAAAAUGGCUAAAAAUUUGCUUACGUAAUAUACGGACGGCCCCAAUGAUAGCUAUUUAAAAAAAAUAAUAAUAAUGUUAAUAUCGGGAAUACAAUGAGUUAUAGUAUUAGUAGUUAUUAUUAGUAGCAGUUAUAAGUUUGUUAUUUUUUUUAUUUUUAUUUUUUUAUAUAUAGAAACUAAACUUUAUUUAUAAACUAAAUUUUAUUUCAUUUACCCACAGAUCCCUCACACGCUUGGCCAAUGAAAAAUCUCUAUACAUCGGCCGCUGUGAGUGGUGGUGAGUAAAUGAACGGUGUGCAAAUGAACCUUCGGGAGUUGAGUAGAGUUAGCGAAUCGUUUAACUUUAAAUGUUUUGCGAUAUUAAUUUCAUAACAAUUUAAAUUUACCUGUUUCUAAACGUUCUGCUUCCUCUGGAGUCACUAAAAUAAAGAAAACUUCAUUAUUCUCUUGUAAAAAAA